UGGGGUUAUAUGACAUCAUUAAUGUUAAACCCGACCUUCCGAAAUCAAUUUUGAUACUUUUUACCAAUAUUCAUGAAACCCCCAGGUCUGUGAUAGCAAGGGUGAAUUGGAACGUUUCCUCCUUCUCUUAAAAGUACCGGCGGCAUUGUUGAAUCGGCCGCGACAUCCCCGUUGGCGUGCAAUUCUGGGAGGGGCGUCCUGUCGGCAACCGAGAAUGGCGGUUGCGGAGGAGGCUGUAUGAGGAGAGAGGAAGAGAUGGGGGCUUAGCGAUUAACAUCCCUUUUCUCGAGACGUUGUCCCUUUCUUUUGUCCAUCGGCCCUGUAAACCGGGAUGGAGGAUUCUCGCGAGGACCAUGAACUGCAUUUCUGCCAUUUACUGAAAGUGGAGGAGCCCAUGACCAUCUCCCUGCCGGAGCCCCAUGGGAAUACAGCUGAGGUGUCAGUUACUCCUGAUACAAUUCACAAGGUGGCUGUAUCUCCUGAAAUGGUAACCAGUGCUGAUAUGGGAACCCUUAGCAAGGGUGUGAAAUAUCAAGGUAGCCAGCAUAUAAUGGAGAGUGCAAAGUAUUGCCAUGGAGUCAACAACAACCCUGGCUAUCUGUGUGAGACAGGCCACUGUUGUGGGGAGACAGGCUGCUGCACGUACUACUACGAGCUGUGGUGGUUCUGGUUGCUGUGGACGGUCCUGAUCCUGUUCAGCUGCUGUUGUGCAUACCGGCACCGGCGAGCCAAAUUGCGCAUCCAACAACAGCAGAGACAGAGAGAGAUCAACCUCAUCGCUUACCACGGGGCCUGCAACUAUCCUGCCUCCAUGUUGGACCUCAGCUUCCUAGCAUCUUUCAAGCUGCCCUCCUAUGAGGAGGUGGCAGCCCAGCCCAACACACCCCCUCCACCCUACAGCUCGGUGUUUGCCCUGCAGGGGGGCUCGCGCUACGCCCACGCUGGCCCCAGCGGCAUGACCUCCUCACAGAGCUCCCACAGCAACUACACCAGCUGCUCCUGCGAGUCCUGCUCGCUCACCUCCCACAGCAGCACCUCCUUCUCCGUGCAGGUCACCGACGAGACCGACACCAGCAACGCCACCACGCCCAGCGACGUCGGAGGCUCCAGGGUUCCCAGCGCCACUCUGGAGCCCGAGCACGCCAACCUCCCCACAACGCCUCCAACCGGACCAGAGGGUGCAUCGCCGCCCCAGCCUCCCGCGCCACUGGUGCUGUCCGACCCGUUAGGGGCCAUGUCCCUACCGGUAGAUGAGGACGGCCAAGGAGAAGAUGCAUCGCAGGAGCGCCCGUCCCCCAGGGCCACCCUCUCACCGCCCAAACACGCCCUGUUCUCCUCCAACGUGGACUUCUUCGAGCCGGACAGUCAUGUUUCGGCGGCCUCGGACGUUGAGGGAGACGCUGGGGAGGACGAGGAAGACGAUUUGGACGAUGAGAACCACUUCCGCCACCGCCGCCUGACGGGAGACUCCGGCAUUGAGGUGUGCCGCUGUAAGGUGAAGAAGGAGGAUGUGGACGUGGACAGCAAGAGGGACGUGUCUGACGACGGAGAGGGCACUGUGAGAGAGGAGGAGGGGAGGGAGGAAGCAGACCCUGUGCAUGACAGCGUUGACUGUUCCCUCCGUGCCGCCCAGGAAGCCCAAACCCAGUUGCCCCUGGAGGACUGUGUCUCCCAGUGCAACCCCACCCUCACUGUUCACAGUGAGUCCGCCAUCACGGUGCAGUCCUCGUGAGAUGGUAGGCGGGAUGAAGCAGAACCUUUCAACGUUGUUAAGAUAUUUGAAAAUUCGCAGUCCAUAGCUGUCAGUUAUGAUGGAGAAACUGACGGACUAUCAUAUUGUUUGAAGGCUGUAUCUCACCCCUGAGGGAUCAUGCAUAGAUUGCAUGGGAUAUAGAUGCCCUUCACUGUCCGCCAGACCUUUGGAGCUGUAUUUUGGUGCCCAGGAACCGGAAGGUGGCCCAAAAGACAAAAGCAGAGGGGUUCUGAGGUGACAUGGAGCAGGACGAGCAUAGAGCCCCAGAUGAGGACAUUUCGCCCGAUUCUCUUGUUCACUUUCACCCACACACACACACAUACACACACACACAACCACACACACACACACACUGCUGCCCGGGAGCAUCUGAGAACAAAAGAGCAUCUUUUCCCGGGCAGAGAAACAAAAGCGCCUGUGAAAAAUGCAAAUGGGCUGCCUCCCUUCCCUCUGGAGUGGCAGGAAGAAGAGCAGCAGCUGCGUGGAGCUGUGUGAAGUCAGCAUAAUGGCCACCCAGCUCACCCUCCCUGCCCAGACCCACUCUGCCCCUCCUGCAGCGCUGCCCCUGCCCUUUAGCUUCCUGACAAAAUCUGUUCCUCUCUCUCUCCCCCCCUCUCUCUUUCUCUCUCUCCCUCUCUCUGUCUCUCUCUCUCUCUCUCUGUCCCUCUCUCCUUAUUUAUCUGACUGAAUAGCCAAGGCUAUGAAAGUCUUGAGCUGUUGGCUUUUUUGGACACCAGUGACUCCCCUCAUCCUCUAACUUUCCUGUUGUGGCAGGAUGCUCCCUCCACUUACGGAUGUGCCCUUCAUUCUUUAAAACGCUGCUUGGACUGCUUGUCGAUUCUUAGGCAAUAAUAAUACAACUGAGGCUGAUGUGUUUGUCCUCUAACACAAAGGCUUGUCUGUGACUGGGGCUUAAAACUAUGAAUGUAAACAUUAAAUGCCUGAGAUGUUGCGGCUGAAGCAAGAGUUAUGAUCUUGCAUUUAAAUUCCUUCAGCCCCAAAACUUAGUUUAUAAAGGUGUGUGAAUUAUGGUUAUUACCUGUAGACUGGCAUGGCAUUGUUGCUCUGACUGUCUUCUCUACAUUGUAAUGAAGUUCUGAUGAGUUUGUUACACAUGAAGACACGUUUGCUAGUCCACGUGUGGUUCACAAUGGGACCCCUGAUACAAAACUACUGCUACUGAAUGUAAUCCUCUUUGUGGCUAUGGACACAUAUUUUUGGCCUGUUGAAUUAACAGACUUAAUACUCAAAUGGAAAUGUCCAGUGAAACAUUAUUUUGAAUUCAUCAAUGAAUUUAAUUGAGCUUUUUUUUCCCAGGAAAGUAUUUGAAGUGCCCAUAUGUGUUCUGAAUAUGUGGGUUCACCCCUACUCCAUUCCAUUUAAAACAACAGAAACCACAUCACAUUUUCAUCUACAACAUAUCAUACCCUUCUAACAUUAAGCUAUCGAAAAAAAAAAAAACUCUUUACAUUAUUUGUUAAAAAUUCCACACUGUGAAAAGGUAAAACUGAACAGUCAUUGUCAUAAGUUGUGGAUCUCAUUGGGAACAAUCCAAUGGUGACACAGUGACACAUAGACUAAUUGACAGCACAUACACACUUUGUAGACACAUUAAAAAAUUAAACGUUUUCAGUAGUUACAUUGUCAAACAAUGGCUAUCCCAUACUGGGAUGUGUACAAAGCCAAGUUCUGAGUAAACCAGUUUUCGUGCUAAGGGGUAGGAAUUGGUCUGGUCCAAUUCCUUACUGUAAACAGGCAGCUUCCUUGACUGUUCUGAAGCUUAACUUAGUUGUCACAUUGUGCAGUGGAUGUUAUUUUGGAUCAUUAGCUGAGACUAAAACAUUUAUAUUAAUUAAAGCUGUCUUUAUUUCAUCUGUGAAACGACAACAUUAUUUUCUGUUGAGUCAUUUUGACAACCGUGAUGAUUAGAGAGAGACGGUGUGCAUGGCACAGAGAUGGACCUAGUGCUCAAACUAAAAUACUACUCUUUGCUCUUACUAGUGUAGAUAUGCAGUAGGUGCGUGUGCAUUGGAAUGUGUGUUUUGGUGAGGAUGUGUGUCUGUCUAAAGCUCUUACUCGGCAGCUUCUGUGAAUGCACAGAAAGCAUUCUUUAGCUUACUUUACUUCUCCCCUAGUUGGUUAGUUCAAGUACAUUGUUGAAUGAUACACAGUAACCAUUUGGGAAAAAAGAAUGUGCUUAUUAAAAGCCAAAGGCAUAGUUGGAAGAAAUACCUCUUUGUUCUGUUUAGAAUCAACAUGGCAUUUACACCAUAAGAUUAUUUUGACCAGACAAUUGAUCGCUUUGUCUUAGCUUUGGCCUUCCAUUUAUAAGGACAUUUAAUUUGACCCCAGCUAUUUUCAAUUCCCUGAACUUUUUAUUAAUAUCAGAUAUGUCCACAGUUCAAUUUCAAUUUUAAUCUAAAUCAUAUAAUCAAUUGCAUCAAAAAUUUGAAUGCAAAAAGACAAUUCUUCAGUGCUUUUAGUGGUGUGGGUGAAAUACAAUGAUGUCAGUGCAGACUGCAUAGAAAGGUCAGUUGUAAAAAGGGAGAGGAUCAAGUACCCCACGUGCUUAAACAACAAGCCACUGGCUCUGCCCAUUGAAUCUCAACAGAGACUUGCUAUUAUCAAGCACUUACAGUCACGCGCCUAGCCGUAGCACAUUGAGGCUGAGAAUUAGAUAUUUGAACUAGCUGGAGCAUUAGGGCUAUUACAUUUUCUUUAUUUUCAUGUUGAGCUUGUUAUAGAUAUUGUUUCUUUUGUGUGUGCAUUCAUGUUUUAUCUCAGGAUAAGUUAGUGUGCCGACCUGUGGCCACAUUAUGAUUUUGAGUGCAAAGCCACUGUCAAAUGUUUUGCCUGGCAUAUAACACAGUCUGAUACUGUUGAAUUACUAGUGUUGUACAUAAAAGGGAAAUGGAUUUUAAAAUCAUCACAUUCAAAACUGUUAACCUUUCAAACAUGUGUGCUCUCCAUGACUAAGGCCUAGUGUCCGACUGUUAUCUCUAGAUAAGGCUGCGAGUAGAUGUUUACGCUUCCGUAACAGGCAACAAUAUGUUCUAUAUUUUUACUAUAGCUUCAUUUUUGUAAAGCGGAAAAAAGACAUUGAAAGUUGACACGCAAUUUGAUGUACUUAUUGUAGAAACCCUUGAGUGUUAGUGUGUGUUUGACUGCUCCUAAUCCCCUGAGGAGACCAUUUUAGAAAUGAGGAAAAAGAGGAAAUUCAUAACAAAUCCACUUUGACUGCUGGUGUACAUUGUAUAUGUACAACGUGUCCCAUUUCUGUGACAGUGGAGUGGUGUAGUCUGAUCAACUUUAAGUAGGCCUACCUAGUGCAGAUGUAACUAUUCCUCUAUCAUGGGGCUUAAUGUUGUUGUUGUUGUUGUUAAUUCACUUAAUCUCUAUAUCCUGCAUGAGAGGAGAGUGGUUAUGGAGUUGCCUCAAUGACUGUUUUCCCCCCUUUUGUUUUGACACAUGUACUUACCUAUUGUAAGUCAUACCAUCUGCAAAUCAUUAUUAAAUCUGGUUUAUAUUAGACUUUUUUACAUAACUUAAAUCAUCAAAACCUGCAGGUCUGUACAGGUGUAGUACAGCAAAGGCUGAAGGUUUCUAGUCUGUGUCAGUUACAGAUGACUAGUGUGCGUGGAGUAGUCUGUGAAAUAGGCCUGAAUGUUCAUUUUGGAUAUUUAUCCCUAUAUUUACUGUAUGUGUUGACUUGUCACUAAGGCCAACCCUGUCUGACUGUUGUGAGCAUUUUGUAACCUCUGUUAUUGACCUUUUCAUUUCAUGGCCUAUGAUGUAAGAAGUGCUAAUACUGUGUUCAGACUGUUUAUUUGUUCAAUGGUUUCAGUCUCCCUCUCCCACAAUGUCACAUCUUAUGUAGCACUUUAUGUUGCCACAAUGUAAUAAAAUGCUUGUCACAAUGUCAAAAUUUAUUUAUUUGAAAUGUUGGACUCAACUGUCUGAUGCUUAUGAAACAAUUUGUUGAUUUGUGUGGAAAUAAACGUUCAUAGUGAAAC